AUCCGUCCUUCCCCAUUCCCCUCCCUUCCCUCCUCCUCCCCCCCGUCUCCACCUUUCGGUCGAUUUGGGCUCGUCCUUCCUCCCCCACCGCUUCCACUUUCUCCCAUGGAACUUGCAACGCGCCUCCGCGACUACUGCAUCUGCGUCGUGCUACUCGGUACAUUAUUGCGGCAGCAGGCAGAGAGCCUCGGUGUGGGCAUAAACUACGGGCAGAUCGCCAACAACCUACCGUCUCCGUCACGCGUCGCCGUGCUCCUCCGCUCUCUUGAUGUCCGCAAGGUGAAGCUUUACGAUGCGGACCCCAACGUUCUGCGGGCCUUUGCCGGCACCAACGUGGAGUUCGUCGUGGGCAUCGGCAACGAGAAUGUCGCCAGGAUGACCAAUCCUUCCCUCGCGCUCAACUGGGUGCAGCUCAACGUUCACCCUUACCUCCCGGCAACCCUCAUCUCUUGCAUCACCGUUGGCAAUGAGGUUUUCUCCGGCAAUGACACCACCCUCAUGGCCAACCUCGUCCCUGCCAUGCAGAACAUCCACUCCGCUCUAACCACCCUCGGCCUCAGUGACCAGGUGAUGGUCACCACCGCCCACUCACUCACUGUCCUUUCCAACUCCUACCCGCCUUCCUCCGGCGCCUUCCGCCAGGACCUCGUCGGAUACAUCCAACCCCUGCUGAACUUCCAUGCCCAGACACAAUCCCCUUUCCUCAUCAACGCUUACCCUUACUUUGCCUACAAGGGAAGCCCAGACCAGGUGUCCCUCGAUUACGUCCUGUUCCAGCCCAAUCAGGGGACUGUCGACCCCGUCUCAAACCUGCGUUACGAUAACAUGCUUUACGCCCAAAUCGACGCCGUCUACACCGCGCUGGCAGCGAUUGGGCGGCCGGACUUGCUGGUGAGGAUUUCGGAGACCGGCUGGCCAUCUAAAGGAGACCCAGAUGAAGCUGGAGCGACGCCGGAGAACGCGGAGAUCUACAACGGAAACCUGUUAAAGAGGAUUGAGAUGAAACAGGGGACGCCGUUGAAGCCCAAUAUUCCGCUGGACACAUACGUCUUCGCCCUAUUCAAUGAAGACCUGAAACCAGGACCUACCUCGGAGAGGAAUUAUGGCCUAUUCCAUCCUGAUGGCACGCCCGUGUACAAUAUUGGACUUAACGGUGUUCUUCCUGGAUACAUAAGUUCAUAUGGGAGGAAAUGCCAGACAAGUUGGAUUUUGGGCAUUCUGAGCUUCUUGCUGACGCUGAUAAUGUGAGCAGAAGUACUAGUUACUAGCGGUAGCUUAUAAGGAAUUAACUCAAGACUGCAAAGCUUCUGAAAGCUCUAUGGACAAUUCCCAUUCAUUGCUCCCACAUCCCUGUGCAAGAGAUCUCUGCUGGUCGAAAAGUGGCGAGAAGGGAGGAAAGAUGGGUUCGAUCGUGAAGGCCUGGCAGAGGGAACCUCUGAGGACGGCGGUUUAGGUGGGGCCGGUUAUGUUUUUCUAAAAGGAUGCUGCUCUUUGGGAAAAACCACACGGCAUGGCGCUGGUUGCCUGCAAAACCCAUUCACAUCCCAAGUCGAGGGAAAGAAAAAAGAAGAAAAAAGCAAAGUACUCCGAUCUCUGACACAAACGUAGGCACUCAACCGCCUGCUUUAAUGGUCUUCUAUGGGGCCGCACCCCUAUGGGAAAACGCAACCUUUUCGGCUCUUUCCUCUACGGAGGCAGGCAGUGCACCGGCCUGCCGAUAGAAAAAUAGGCUAUUACUAGAUUUUCCUUUGCUGAGCUGACCUGGAUGUCGGCCGGAAUUCUUGCAGUCACAUGAUGCCAAUAGUCUGUAGGAACAGUUUGUAUUAAUUGUUGUUUGAUUCUUUACGAAACGGCUGUGCCAUUCACAUGCACCUCCAUUAUUUAAUUCCAUUGAUCAUUUUGCUCUCA